AAAUGUAUUCCAGAUAAUGGAAUGGGCCACUUGUAAAAGCGUCAAGCAUCAGCACCAGACCAGAGACCCGACUACAACUCCAAAAUCUUACCCUUCCCUUCUCUGUCAGAGAAAUUCCGAUUUUGUAAAGAUAAAAUCCUGCUAAAGCACUACGCUGAAUCCCGCCAACACCCCCACUGUAUUGCUAACUACUAAUUUUUCUUGCUCCGUAAAAUUUCAUAGAAUUUAGUGCUUAUCUUUUGUCAAAAAGAAACAAUGUUUGUAAAACUGCAAUUAGAUGCCCGUUGUUUUAACAUAUUGAGCUCCCCCAGGACCUCACCCAUCACAGGAGCUUCAGUCUCCACAAACACAGGAGUAUCACUUUCUCCACUAGAAAAGAUUGAAACUGUCAAGAAACGCAGAGAGCAAAGCCUUCUUGAAAUCCCCAAUAGACGAAUUCCCAAGAAGUUCAACACAGAUCACAAACUUACUCCAAAUAAACCUAGCUUCAAUAAAAACCCAGAUAGAGAACCGAGAAAUAACUCAAGGAAUAGUACUCGAGUUGAAAAUAAGAAGAGUUUUGGGGUUGGUUUGGAGAGGCUCAAUGGUAAUGGCUCGGUUGAUAAAGCGCACACCAAAUGUUCGAAGAAAUGGGCAUAUUAUGGAGGUUGUAUUCCAUCAAUUUUGGAAGCUCUUGAUACGAUUAAAGACCUUGACGAGGCAUUGAAGCCAUGGGAGGAUACUCUUAGUAACAAAGAGAGGAGCAUAAUUUUGAAGGAGCAGUCUAGUUGGGAGAGAGCUUUGGAGAUUUUUGAGUGGUUUAAGAGAAAGGGUUGCUAUGAGUUGAAUGUGAUUCACUAUAAUAUUAUGCUCAGGAUUCUUGGGCGAGCGCGAAAUUGGAGCCAUGUUGAAUGUUUGUGUAAUGAAAUGAGAAUUAAACAGAUUUUGCCUGUCAAUUCUACAUAUGGUACUUUGAUUGAUGUUUAUAGCAAAGGUGGCCUCAAAGAAGAGGCACUUCAUUGGCUUAAGAAGAUGAAUGAUCGAGGAAUGGUACCAGAUGAGGUUACUAUGGGAAUUGUUAUACAAAUGUACAAGAAAGCUGGCGAGUUUCAAAAGGCGGAAGAGUUUUUCAAGAAUUGGACACUGGGUGAGUCUAUAAAGCAUGAAGGAACCAGUAAAGCAAGUGCUGGGGUGCAGAAUGGUGUGCAGGUCAGUGUUUCUUUGAGCUCAUAUACAUACAAUACGUUGAUUGACACUUAUGGGAAGGCAGGGCAACUUAAAGAAGCAUCUGAGACUUUUGCAAAGAUGCUUAGAGAAGGUAUUGUGCCAACAACUGUAACUUUUAAUACCAUGAUCCACAUUUGUGGUAACCAUGGCCAGCUUGAAGAAGCGGGUUCACUUAUGCAGAAGAUGGAGGAGCUCCGAUGCCCACCAGACACAAGGACGUAUAAUAUUCUCAUCUCCCUUCAUGCUAAGCAUGAUAAUAUAAGCAUGGCAGCUAGCUACUUUAAAAGGAUGAAGGAGGCUAGAUUAGUGCCAGAUCAUGUGAGUUACCGCACACUCUUGUAUGCCUUCUCAAUAAGGCAUAUGGUCAGUGAUGCAGAAGACCUGGUGUCUGAGAUGGAUGAAAAGGGUUUGGAGAUUGAUGAGUAUACCCAGUCUGCUCUGACUAGAAUGUACAUAGAAGCUGGGAUGCUUGAGAAAUCAUGGCUUUGGUUCAGGAGAUUUCAUCUCACGGGGAAUAUGAGUUCUGAGUGCUAUUCUGCCAGCAUUGAUGCAUAUGGGGAGCGCGGCCAUAUUUUGGAAGCUGAGAAAGUUUUCAUGAGCUGCCAAGAGGGGAAGAUGCUGACUGUCCUCGUGUUUAAUGUGAUGAUUAAAGCAUAUGGGUUAGCGCAGAAAUAUGACAAAGCAUGUCAGUUGUUUGACAGCAUGGAGAGUCAUGGUGUACUUGCAGAUAGAUGUAGCUAUAGUUCUAUCAUACAAAUUUUGGCUGGUGCUGACUUGCCAGACAAAGCAAGACAUUAUCUGAAGAAGAUGCAAGAGGCAGGAUUGGUUAGUGAUUGCAUCUCCUAUUGUGCUGUGAUCUCAAGCUUUGUGAAAUUCGGUAAACUGGAAAAGGCUGAGGGGCUUUAUAACGAGAUGAUAGGUUUUGAUGUGAAGCCAGAUGUUAUAGUUUAUGGUGUACUGAUAAACGCGUUUGCUGAUGCUGGAAGUGUUAAAGAAGCUCUUGGUUAUGUAGAUGCAAUGAAAAGAGCUGGUUUGCCUGGAAAUACAGUCAUAUACAACUCCUUAAUCAAGCUUUAUACCAAAGUCGGGUACUUGAAAGAAGCAGAAGAAACAUAUCAGCUGCUUCAGUCGUCAGAUUCUGGUCCUGAUGCAUAUUCUUCAAACUGUAUGAUAGAUCUCUACAGCGAACAAUCCAUGGUCAAGCAAGCAGAAAAUAUUUUUGAGAGCUUGAAGAGAAAAGGGAACACAAAUGAGUUUACUUUUGCAAUGAUGUUGUGCAUGUACAAAAGACUUGGGAGGUUUGAGGAAGCCACUCAGAUUGCAAAACAGAUGAGAGACUUGGGACUUUUGACUGACUUGUUAAGCUAUAAUAAUGUGCUUGGGUUGUAUGCAUUGGAUGGCAGAUUCAAAGAGGCUGUGGGAACUUUCAAGGAAAUGGUAGAAGCUUCCGUUCAACCCGAUGAUUGUACAUUCAAAUCUCUUGGAAUUGUUCUGGUAAAAUGUGGAAUAUCAAAGAAAGCUGUUAGCAAGCUUGAAGCAACUACGAAAAAUGAUUAUCAGAAAGGUUUGCAGGCAUGGAUGUUAGCUCUCUCCACUGUAGCUGAUAUAGAUGAUGAUUAUGACGAGUAAAUUUAAGUUGUAGUUAUGGGCUGUAUUCCUUUUCUCUUGCUUCUAAUGUAGUGGAAGUUGCAUACUGUUGUAACGUGUAAUGGGCAAGAUCAACAAAAGUGUAAAGUGUAUAAAACCUGUACUUUCUGUAUUUUUACUGUGUUGAUAAAAUAUGUCAAAUGUUCAACAAGAUUUGAUUCAA